CCACGUCUCUUGUGUUACCAGAGACCACACCCCUCCUCAGACUAAUCACCGAAGACUGUUUCUUUUGGCCAGCUCUCUGACCUUGAAGGAUCCAGCCAGCCGCCUUGAAGAUUUGGGUGCUAGACAUAAUACGGGAUCUUUCGAAGAUGGUUUGGCUGCCCUGGAGAUUUGGAGAUCUGAUGCCACGAUGAGGACUCACACACGGGGGGCUCCCAGUGUGUUUUUCAUAUGUUUGUUUUGCUUUGUGUCAGCCUGCGUCACCGACGAGAAUCCAGAAGUCAUGAUCCCCUUCACCAACGCCAACUACGACAGCCACCCGAUGCUCUACUUCUCCAGGGCCGAGGUGGCCGAGCUCCAGCUGCGGGCCGCCAGCUCCCACGAGCACAUUGCCGCCCGGCUCACGGAGGCCGUGAACACCAUGCUGUCCAGCCCCCUGGAGUACCUCCCUCCGUGGGACCCCAAGGAGUACAGCGCCCGCUGGAAUGAGAUUUACGGCAACAACCUGGGCGCCCUAGCCAUGUUCUGCGUGCUGUAUCCUGAGAACAUGGAAGCCCGAGAUAUGGCCAAAGACUACAUGGAGAGGAUGGCAGCUCAGCCUAGUUGGUUGGUGAAAGAUGCUCCUUGGGAUGAAGUCCCACUUGCUCACUCCCUGGUUGGUUUUGCCACUGCCUAUGACUUCUUGUACAACUACCUGAGCAAGACACAGCAGGAGAAGUUUCUUGAAGUGAUUGCCAAUGCCUCGGGGUAUAUGUAUGAGACUUCAUACAGGAGAGGAUGGGGAUUUCAAUACCUGCACAAUCAUCAGCCCACCAACUGCAUGGCCUUGCUCACAGGAAGCCUGGUUCUGAUGAAUCAAGGGUACCUUCAGGAAGCUUACUUAUGGACCAAACAAGUUCUGACCAUCAUGGAGAAGUCUCUGGUCUUGCUCCGAGAGGUGACAGAUGGCUCCCUCUAUGAAGGAGUUGCAUAUGGCAGCUACACCACUAGAUCACUCUUCCAGUAUAUGUUUCUUGUUCAAAGGCACUUUGACAUCAACCACUUUGGCCACCCAUGGCUUAAACAACACUUUGCAUUUAUGUAUAGAACCAUUCUGCCAGGGUUUCAAAGAACUGUGGCUAUUGCAGACUCAAAUUACAACUGGUUUUAUGGUCCAGAAAGCCAAUUAGUGUUCCUGGAUAAAUUUGUCAUGCGUAACGGCAGUGGCAACUGGUUGGCUGACCAAAUCAGAAGGAACCGUGUGGUGGAAGGUCCGGGGACGCCGUCCAAAGGGCAGCGCUGGUGUACUCUUCACACGGAAUUUCUCUGGUACGAUGCCAGCUUGAAAUCUGUUCCCCCUCCAGAUUUCGGCACCCCGACAUUGCAUUAUUUUGAAGACUGGGGCGUUGUGACUUACGGAAGUGCGCUGCCUGCAGAAAUCAAUAGAUCUUUCCUUUCCUUCAAGUCAGGAAAACUUGGGGGACGUGCAAUAUAUGACAUUGUCCACAGAAACAAAUACAAAGACUGGAUCAAAGGCUGGAGGAAUUUUAAUGCAGGGCAUGAACAUCCUGAUCAAAAUUCAUUUACCUUCGCUCCCAACGGUGUGCCUUUCAUUACUGAGGCUCUCUACGGGCCAAAGUACACCUUCUUCAACAACGUUUUGAUGUUUUCCCCAGCUGCCUCCAAGAGCUGCUUUUCUCCCUGGGAGGGCCAGGUCACAGAAGACUGCUCAUCAAAAUGGUCUAAAUAUAAGCACGACCCAGCAGCUAGCUGUCAGGGGAGAGUGGUUGCCGCAGCAGAGAAAAAUGGGGUGGUUUUCAUCCGAGGAGAGGGUGUGGGCGCUUACAACCCCCAGCUUCACCUGAGGAACGUUCAGAGAAAUCUGAUCCUCCUGCAUCCGCAGCUUCUCCUCCUCGUGGAUCAGAUACACCUGGGAGAGGACAGCCCGUUGGAGAGGGCAGCAAGCUUCUUCCACAAUGUGGAUUUUCCUUUCGAGGAGACGGUGGUAGAUGGGGUCCAUGGGGCUCUCAUCAGGCAGCGAGAUGGCCUCUAUAAAAUGUACUGGAUGGAUGAUACUGGCUACAGUGAGAAAGGAACCUUUGCCUCAGUGACAUAUCCUCACGGCUAUCCUUACAACGGGACGAACUACGUGAAUGUCACCAUGCACCUCCGAAGUCCCGUCACCAGGGCAGCUUACCUCUUCAUAGGGCCAUCCGUCGAUGUUCAGAGCUUCAGCAUCCACGGAGACGCUCAGCAACUGGAUGUGUUCGUGGCCACCAGCGAGCAUGCCUACGCCACUUACCUGUGGACAGGAGAGACCUCGGGGCAGUCUGCCUUUGCGCAGGUCAUUGCUGACCGGCAGAAAAUUCUGUUUGACCGGAAUUCAGCCAUCAGGAGCAGCGUUGUCCCGGAGGUGAAGGACUACGCUGCUCUGGUGGAAGAGAACCUGCAGCAUUUUAAGCCCGUGUUCCAGCUGCUAGAGAAGCAGAUCCUGUCCCGCGUCCGGAACACAGCCAGCUUCAGGAAGACUGCCGAGCGCCUGCUGAGAUUUUCAGAUAAGAGACAGACCGAGGAGGCCAUCGACAGGAUUUUUGCCAUAUCGCAGCAGCAGCAGCAGCAACAGGGCAAGUCCAAGAAGAACCGAAGGGGAGGCAAGCGCUAUAAAUUUGUGGAUGCCGUCCCUGAUAUUUUUGCACAGAUUGAAGUCAAUGAAAGAAAGGUUCGACAGAAAGCUCAGAUCUUAGCACAGAAAGAACUGCCGGUAGAUGAAGAUGAAGAAAUGAAAGACCUUUUAGAUUUUGCAGACGUAACAUACGAGAAACACAGGAACGGCGAUGUGAUGAAUGGCCGGUUUGGCCAGGCUCGGAUGGUGACAACGACUCACAGCAGAGCCCCGGCGCUGUCCGCCUCGUACACCAGGCUGUUUCUGAUCCUCAACAUUGCUAUUUUCUUUGUCAUGUUGGCAAUGCAACUGACUUAUUUCCAGAGGGCCCAGAGUCUUCAUGGCCAAAGAUGUCUCUAUGCAGUCCUUCUAAUAGAUAGCUGUAUUUUAUUAUGGUUGUAUUCUUCUUGUUCCCAAUCACAGUGUUAGUAUCGAAACUAUAAGUGGCUUGAUUGUUUUGUGGUCACAAGUCUAUGCAAAAAAAAAAAGAAAAGAAAAAUUCAUUACCCUAGUUUAUUACUGGAUUUUUUUUUCAGAUUCUUUUUAACAAAUUAAGGGGAAAGUACUUCCACAUAAGAAAUCAGGGACGUGGGGAACUCAGUAUGCAUAGAGGCAAAGAAUUAGGAAUAAGGGUAGCUUGGUUGUCACACGGUGUUUCUGGAAAUGUUUGGCUUGGCUGAUUUAGGAAUCCAUAUAAUACUACUCUUAAAAGAACAAAAAGUCUGGUUUUAAGUACUGUUUCUUCUUAAGAGAAAGAGACUUAGAUAGAAUUGGAUUUUAUUAAUAUUAAUUUAAUGCUGUUAGCGCUCUCCAGAUACUAUUUUAUGGAAAGACUGAGGCACACAAUUCUGAAAAAUACAGAAAAUUUUUUAAUGUUGUGAUCAUGUUGAAAAUAAAUGUUGGUAAGUCCUGGUUAUGAUGCUGUCAACUUCCUUGGAGAAAAAUUCAUGUGAAUAACAGUGUCUGCAUAUUGGGUUACUGUUCAGAUAACAUGGUAAAAUGGUGGCAGAAGGUUGUUAAAAACUUGAGAUAUAGCUCCAGCAGAAAACAUAUUUUAGUGAAUGAACAUUUCCUUGAUGAUGUUGGUUUCUGCAUACACAUAAUUGACUGCUUUUACACAUCCAUUGGUUGUUCAAUAAGUAAAACAAUUAUAGGUAACUUCAUUUCCUAUUUUCCUUCUAUGGAAAACUGUUACAGAUCCAAUGACUAACUUCAAAAUAAAAUAUUUUAUAUUUGACUGUUGAUUUGAAUACCAAAGAAGAUGGGGAAACUAAAAUUUGAAUGUAAUUCUCAUGUUUUUUUAAUAGAAAACUUUCUUUAAGUUUAUUUUGCUAAAUAAACAUCAUAAUUGUGAUUUUUCUGCAGU